AAGCGUGGUUGCAGAAGGCGCUAAAUAUGUUGUGAUCGUACAGUUUUGCUGCUAAAACACUGCCAUUUCUGCAUUUAUCGAUCUUUAAAUUAAUAUUUGAUCAUGAGUGGGCAACCCUCAACCAAGGAGAAUCUCCUCAUCCCAGGAGCUGCCGCAUGGACGUCAAGGUCGGGGGUGGUUCUGGGUUUUGACAGUCUGUCAAUGUUGACUGCAACCCGGAAGCCAAGGGGGCGUGUUUCGCCUCUAUCAGAACACAAUCGCUCCGAUCUGGAAAAACGUUCCCCAGUAAAUUCACCACUGAAGAGCAACUACCCCCCUUUGCCCUCAAACUUUAGAAGAGGCCUGUAUCCUGAAUCCCCUUUGAGGAAUCAGGACUAUUCAUGUUCUGAAUCCCCAUCAAAGAAGCUCUCAGAAUUGCAUCUUCCAAAGAGAGACUUUGUUAAAGCUGUUAAUUUUGAUAACCUUGCACGGACUGCACUGAGUGAGGAAGACGAUAUCCAUGGAGAUACACCAGAGAAGGACUGCUAUCGACAAAGGCAGCAAAGAGUUGGCCCAGCUGGUGAUAGUAAUGAUGAAGGAACUGGAAAUGGUCAUUUGUCAAAAUUAGACACCUCUGCUGAUAUGACUGAUCAACAAAAAGCCAAAGAACAGACCAAACUACUGGAUAAAUUCAAACAAAUGCGACAGCUUCAGUUACAGCAGCAGGAUAAACUCAUCCAACAACAACAGGAGCAGCUCGAUGCGCUGAGGAUGGAACAGCAGAGAGUUCAGCAAAUGCUGGCUAAGCAGAGGGAUUGGAAAGGAGGCAGAAACUCUCAUGAAGCUUCACCUGCAAGUUCCCCAUACACCAGUCCUAGCCAAGUUCCACUUAAGACUACCAUGCCAACCCAUCAAGUUUAUGAAGAAUCAGAUCAAUCUGAAGAAGAAGACUGUGGUGGCGAGAGUUACGAGUACGGCAGUGAUAAGGAGAAUAUUCCAAUGGAGAGAGUAUUGCAUGAUGAAUAUCAAGACGAUGCUUCGUCCAUCAUUUCAGAGGAAGAGGAUGAUGGUAGUGUCACAGUUGAGGGUGUUGUCCCUUUUACAGAUACUGCGUCAGCAUGUUCAGAAAUGGACGAGGAACCAAAGCAGCUGUAUUCAAGCUAUGAGGUAGAGACAAUGGUACAAGUGUAUUCUAAAAAGCAGAAGAAGUCUUUCAAGAAAGCAGCUCCUGUUGGCGAAUUUACUGAUGAGGAAGAAGAAUACAUGCGUAAUGCACUAUUGAGAGACAAUAGAGUUGAAACCCCUUCCCCUCGGCCAUACAUAGAAGAUUCCCCCUCCCCACCACAUGCAUCAGGGGCCAUCGAUGAUAAACCUGUUGUUGGUGCUGGUAAAUCUUUUGAGCAGCUUUUAGCUGAGCAGCUUCAGUUGGAAGAAAGGAAGGAGCAACUUGGUAUUGGUUACACCCCCUCACCAAAAGGACCGAGGAAGAAAACGUUCUUACGUAGAGGUGAAGGAAUUGCAAGAUUCACUGGCCCGCCACCAAAACCUGUUCAACCAAAAAAGACUUUUAGAAAACCUGUUGCCUCAACCAGCUCAGCAUCGAUUGCCACAAGUGUUAGUACCAGUACCUCUGCUGUCACUGCCAAUAAGAAGGAGGCUAUCAAGGCUCCUUUGAAGACCCUUCUGCUCAAGCCCCUACAGAAACCGAGCCAAAAAAAGUCUCUACCUGCCCAACCUGCCAAAGUAAAGCCAGGUGCUGGGAAUGCUUCCAUUGACGUGUCAUUCCAGCAGAGGGUUCAGCAUAUGGAAAAUAAUGAAAAGGAUGAGCUAGAUGAGCUUGAAGAAUUUGAAUUGUUAGAAAAAGUUGCCGACAACUUCUCUUUCACGAGCAGUGACUCGUCUUUGGCAGGAAAGGCAAAAACUUUGGAAGCAGCCAAUAAGACAUCGCGUUAUGAAGAGCUCAUGAAGCGUCUAGCGAUGGAAAGUAGCAGUGAUUAUUCAUCAGAAAGCUCCGACUCGGAAGAUGACGAAAAUGAAGAUGAAAACUUGGAAAAGACGCUAAUUGAGGAGAAAGACACCUCGUACAUUUCAUCUGAGGUGUCAACUCCGAGAAAGAUGCAGCGUAAAAUUGCAUCGCGGGAUGCUGGGAUGGCUGUGAUGGAGCGAGAUGUCUUGCCGUCCGACUUCAAGGAACCAGCCGAUAGGGAACACUCUGAAUCGGAGGAGGCAGAAGAAGACGACGAUGACUCUCAAAAUACGCUCAUCAAGCAUGACGAGAUCGGCUACCGACUAAGUCAGCAUGGCGAUUCCCCCAAAAAGCAGACAGAAAGCCUUGAUUUUGAUGAUGAGGACUCCUGGGGAGACUUUGGUCCAACUCCUCAUAAGAGAGCUGAGGUGAAGGAAACCAGGCCGGUUGUCAAAACAUCUCCUGUUUCCAGAGAUAAAGGUAGAAACUAUUUUGGCUUCGUGAGAAGAAGAGCUGACCAUGUUCAGGUUGAAAAGGUGAGGGCGACAGAGGAGGAUGGGGUGUCUGCCAGUCCACCACCUGUCUCAAACCUCAUGACCAAACUCUUCCCCACGUUAAAACCACCCAAGCCAAAACCAUCUAUUGAGGAACAGCAAAAUCAGGCGAAGCUGCAGGCAGCCAGACAGCCAGAAGUUGCAGAAGGUGCUGUGUCCAAAGCGCUCCGUGAUAAGUUGCUCGAGAUUGAGCGGGAAAUUGAGAGGUUCAGAACGGAAAAUGCUGCCGUUGCCAAAAUCAAAGUUGAAAGAGAAGAGGGUUUGAAUAAGCUGAAGAGAGAAAUGGAGGAAUUUGAAAAACAGAAAGAGGAGGAGCUCAGGAAUCUUCAGGAAUUCAAGGAGCAAGAAUUAAAGAAACUCAAGAAGGAGAAGAAAUUGUUUGAGAAGUAUCGAAAAGAAGCGCAGGCAAUCCCUGACAAAAAGCAGAGGGAUGAGAUCGAACAGCUUAACCAUGAGCUCUGCGACCUGCGAGAAGAUCUGAAGAAACGUGAGCAGCGUUGGACAUCCGGGACUAACAGGAUGAGGAAUCGUAUUGAACAGCUGGAGAAAGAGAACGCUGAAUUGAAGGAAGAGAUACGGAUGUUAGAGAAACGUAGAUUAGAUUCGUGGCAGAAGGAGCAAAAUGCAAAGAAUGAACAGAGAUCACAACUGCCUGUAAGGAAGGCCAUUGUGCAGCAGGUACUGCCGAGCACCAAGAAUCCCUCGAAGCUCCCAAAAGCCAACCAGGAAAGCAACGACCGGGAUCGCCAACUGUCGAACAGAAAUGACCCAUUACGUCUGAGUGUUCAGAGCGAGGACGACGAUGAUUUAUCCGUUGGUGAUGAUGCACAGCUCAACAGCACUGUCAUUGAGAGGGUUAAGUCUCCAUUUGAGGAUACACCAAGAGGACUAGUUGCCAUGACAACACAGAGUGAGGUUGACAAAAGUUUCAUGGGUCCUGCUGGACAAAAAUCAGCAAGAAAGAAUCAAGCCCUCAUUACUGCUAUCACGAAAAUUGACAAGGGUGAUCUGGAGUAUGAAGAAUCCCGCCACAAAGAUGGAAAGAUCGACCGAAUCUAUACAAAUGGUGCUAGGGAAAUAAUGUAUGCCAAUGGGACGAGGCGGGAAAUCUCUGGCGAUGGUAAGACAAUCAUUGUCAGCUUCUUCAAUGGAGACAUGAAGCAGAUUAUGCCUGACCAUAGAGUGAUCUAUUUCUAUGCCGAUGCCGGGACGACUCACACAACCUAUCCUGAUGGAUUGGAGAUUCUACAAUUUCCAAACCUGCAGAUAGAGAAGCACUACCCAGACGGCACACGAGAGAUCACAUUCCCUGAUCAGAUCAUCAAGUAUCUCUUCCCCAAUGGGAGUGAGGAGAGCAUAUUCCCUGAUGGCACUGUCAUUAGGGUCGACAAGAAUGGUGAUAGGACGGUGGAGUUUGCUAAUGGUCAGCGCGAGAUUCACACUCAACAGUUUAAGAAAAGGGAAUACCCAGAUGGUACCACAAAGACUGUCUACCCUGAUGGGCGCCAGGAAACGAGAUAUUCAACGGGUCGUGUCCGAGUAAAGGACAAGCAUGGAAUUAUUCUGGUUGAUCAGAUGUCAGUUUAGAUAAGAGGUGCUUGAAAUCUCAGCAUGCAUUUAUAGGGGCAGCAUCUGGUUUAAGGACAUUCACAAAUCGGGCACACAGUUGACCUGAUUUGGGGUUAUUUUGUAUUCAGAUGUUUUUCAAACUGUCCCACUGUUGGGCAAGUCUAUACGAUUUGCUCCCUUAUCUAACUAUUAUUGCCUCCUUUUGAAUAUUUUGUAAAUAUAUAAUGAUGUUUGACUCUUAUCUCUGAAUAAGGGUAUCAAAAGUGUGCAGGUCACAUUUUGGCCAUUGUGGCUAACUACAUGUAGGUAUUGUUGUAGAUACUAAUGUUAGUUUUAUCAAAAACAAAAUAUUUUGGGCUGGGCGCUAUGCGCACUUCCCCAUUGUUCUCUAUCGUAAACCUUCAAGGUGGAAACUUCGGUGCCACAUUCUGAAAGGAAGAAGAGUAGCGGAAUUCAUUGCCUGGGCUGGCGCUGAUGUAGGCCUAUAUAUGUGGCUGACAAUGUAAGCACGGACAUAAGGGAAGUGUAGGGGUUAGCAAUGGCCGUAGAACCUACUAAUUGCUAGUAAUUUGCAUGUACAUGUAUGUCCUUCGUCAUUAGAACUAAUACAUUCCUCGGUUUGUAAUCGGCAUGAAUGUGAUAUUCGCCGUUGGUUGUACAAAAAUGUAUAAGCAAGGCCAAUCACUUAGUUUAUAAAUUGUGGGUUGUGUAUUUUAUGCAGGUGACCACUGGGAGCAUGGAAUCUCUGUUUGUCUUUUAUCUGCUUAUGUCGAACAUAGAAUAAAUUCAUACUUUUA